AUGGUGAACAAUACCGAAUAUUACAAGACCCUUGGCCUCAGCAAGGACGCGUCCGAUGCCGACAUCAAGAAGGCAUACCGCAAGGAGUCCCUCAAGUGGCACCCAGACAAGAACCCCGGUGAAAAGGCCGCUGUCGCUGAGGAGAAGUUCAAGAAAAUCGGCGAGGCGUACGAGGUCCUGUCCGACCCAGAGAAGAAAAAGAUCUACGACCAGUUUGGCGAGGAGGGCCUUAAGGGCGGCAUGCCCGGCGGUGGUCCCGGCGGUGGCGGCCCGGGCUUCUCUUCGUUCGGCGCGGGCGGCGGUGGUCCUGGCUUCUCGUUCCAUGCGACCGACCCCAACGACAUCUUCAACGCGUUCUUCUCACAGAUGGGUGGCGGUGGUGGUGGUGGUGGCGACGAGUACGCAUCCUUUGGUGGCGGCGGCGGCGGCUUCCCCGGCGGCGGGGCGCGCCGCCGUGCCCCACGCGGUGGCAUGGGCGGUAUGGGUGGUAUGGGCGGCAUGGGAGGAAUGGGCGGCAUGGGCGGCGGAAUGGGCGGAAUGGGCGGCAUGCCGGGCGGAUACGAGGAGCCCCAGCCGCCAACACCUGUGUCCGAGAUUGAGCGGCCACUCCCCCUCAGCCUUGAAGAGCUGUACAAGGGCGGCACGAAGCGCCUCAAGAUAACGCGCCACAUGCGCAACGGCCGGAGCGAGGAGAAGAUUCUCGAGGUCGCGUACAAGCCGGGAUGGAAGGCCGGCACCAAGGUGACGUUUGCGGGCGCCGGCAACGAGGACGAAUACGGUCGCGGCCAGAACAUCAAGUUUGUCAUUGCGGAGAAGGAGCACCCGCGCUUUAAGCGCGAGGGCGACGACCUGCUGGUUCAGGUCAACCUCACGCUGUCGCAGGCGCUGCUGGGCCCUGAUGGCGGCGGCGCAAUCACCAAGCAGAUCGAUCAGCUCGAUGGGCGCCGGAUAGACGUGUCCAUCCCCGCGGGGCACAUUGUGCAGCCUGGCGAGGAGACUAUUGUCAAGGGCGAAGGCAUGCCCAUCUCCAAGGCAAGCAGCGUCAAGAAGGUCGGCGACCUCCGCGUGCGCUGGAACGUCAUCUUCCCCAAGUCGCUCAGCCCCACUGAGAGGGACGCGCUGCGCAAGGCCCUCGGAUAA